AUGGAUCAACAACUGCAGCAUUCCACGACCAGGAACGAUUUCUCCCCUUCAUCUUCGAGCUCGCUCAAUCAAGUUCCGGAGCCAACACCUAUCAGCCGGCGUCCAACACAGGUCGAGCUUUCGCGUACCGAGACCUCUCAGCUGCAUCACCAGUCGACCGUCAGAUCGAGGAAAGCUCGCGCGCCUAGGGACGAGUGGCUGCCGUUCGGAGACAAGGAAUUUCCGCCAGACCUCCCGGAUCCUGAGAAGUAUGUCGUGGACUUCGCUGGCGAGUAUGAUCCGCUACACCCGCACAACUGGCCGACAUGGAGAAAAAUCAUGCAGUCUGCCAUUCUCACCUACUCGACCAUCACCUCCUCCUUCUGCAGUGCGAUCUUCUCCUCUGCAGUAGGCUCUGUUAGCGCUCAAUUCGGAAUCAGUACCGAAGUUGCGACUUUGGGCAUCAUGCUCUAUGUCAUGGGCUUCGCAUCAGGCCCUGUACUCUGGGCACCAGCUUCGGAACUGUACGGUCGUCGGUGGCCGAUGACUAUAGGCCUAUUCGGCCUGAGCAUUUUCACCAUAGCCACCGCUACCGCUAAAGAUGUGCAAACUAUCAUGCUGACGCGCUUUUUUGCGGGCUUCUUCGGCGCCUGUCCGUUGGCGAUUGUCCCUGCGGUGUUCGCGGACUUGUACAAUAACAAGUAUCGGGGUGCGGCAAUUGCUGUGUUCGCUAUGGGUGUCUUUGUAGGCCCUUUUGUGUCUCCAUUUGUUGGUGGCUUCAUCACGAUGAGUUACCUGGGAUGGCGUUGGACGAUGUAUAUAUCAGCCAUCAUGGGCUUCUUUGCGACUGUGUUGCUGCUGCUGCUUUUCAGGGAGACCUAUGCACCGGUUGUGUUAAUGGGGAAAGCAGCCACUUUGCGCCGACAGACCCGGAACUGGGGUAUCCAUGCGAAACAAGAUGAGGUUGAGGUGGAUCUCAAAGAACUGCUUACAAACAAUUUCAGUCGGCCAUUUAUGAUGCUCAUCACCGAGCCGAUUGUGUUCCUUGUGACGCUAUACACAUCCUUCAUCUACGGACUUAUGUAUGCCUUGCUGGGCGCAUAUCCGGUGGUGUUCCAGGGAAUCUAUGGAAUGAACUUGGGUGUUGGCAGUUUGUCCUUUAUCGGCUUGAUCAUUGGUGAACUUCUGGGAGGAGCAUUUACCCUCAUGGGACAUCCAGCUUAUGUCAAGAAACUCCAAGCAAAUAACAACAUGCCGGUUCCGGAAUGGCGACUUCCAGCAGCCACUCUCGGCGGGACUGUCUUCACAAUGGGUUUAUUCUGGUUUGGCUGGACCGGAUUCACAAAAGACAUCCACUGGAUGGCCCCAAUAGCCUCCGGAGUUUUUGUUGGAUUUGGCAUCUAUGUCAUUUUCCUCCAGUGUUUCAACUACCUCAUCGAUUCCUACCUUCAUCUUGCGGCAUCUGUCUUCGCAGCCAACACCAUCCUUCGGUCUGCGGUCGGUGCAUGUUUUCCUCUCUUUUCCCGGCAAAUGUUCCAGAACUUGGGUGUCCAGUGGGCAGGCACGUUACUGGGAUGUCUGGCGGCCAUCAUGAUUCCGAUUCCCUUAGGAUUCCUCUUUUAUGGGCCGGCACUGCGAAAGAGGAGUCGUUUCCAGCCGCCUCAGGCGGUGUUUCACGAGAAGCAUUGA